AUGACGGAUCCCUCAAACGACGCCGUACAUGGUCGGACGGCGCCAAAACUUCCGAUCCAAGGGAAGCGCAACAUCCUCAUUACCAGCGCUUUGCCUUACGUCAACAACGUCCCUCAUCUCGGCAACAUCAUCGGCUGUGUAUUGAGUGCGGAUGUCUUUGCUCGAUAUUGUCGUCUUCGUGGUUAUAAUGCAAUAUACAUAUGUGGGACUGAUGAGUAUGGGACAGCAACAGAAACCAAAGCCAUGGAGGAGAAAUGCACCCCUCAGCAGAUCUGUGACAAAUAUCAUGCAAUUCAUAAGGAAGUUUAUAAAUGGUUCAAUAUAAGUUUUGAUGAAUUUGGGCGUACGUCAAGCCCACAGCAGACCGAAGUUUGCCAAGCAAUUUUCAAGAAAUUGAUGGAGAACAAUUGGCUUUCUGAAAACGUUAUGCAGCAGCUUUAUUGUGAUAAAUGCCAAAAGUUCUUAGCUGACCGGCUUGUGGAAGGCAUUUGCCCUACUCAAGAUUGUAAUUAUGAUUCUGCACGAGGAGAUCAGUGUGAAAAGUGUGGAAAGCUUUUGAAUCCAAUUGAACUAAAAGAUCCUAGAUGCAAGGUUUUCUAUGUCUGGUUUGAUGCGCCGAUUGGAUACGUCUCAAUUACUUCAUGCUAUACACCUGAUUGGGAGAAGUGGUGGAAGAAUCCUGAAAAUGUUGAGCUGUAUCAGUUUAUGGGCAAGGAUAAUGUGCCAUUCCAUACUGUGAUGUUUCCGACAUGUGUUUUUGCCUGUUAA